GCAGAGAAACAAUAAAAAAAAGACAACACAAGGCUCACCGUGUGAGACUAGAGAGAGAGCAAUGGGUUAUCCGCUGAUUCCUCCUCAAUAGAGAGAGAGAGAGAAGAGAGAAAAAAAAAACUAAAGAGAGUCCCUUUUGCUGCUCACUUAGCGAGAAAGAGGGAGACUUUGACUCUUCUCCUUCUUCUCCUCCUUUCUCCCUGCCACUUCUCAUUCCCACCCCUGUUGCAUCCGCCGAUUCACCAUCCCCUUUUUCAUUCUCUCGCCGCUUCAGCUCUCAGAUAUGGGAAACUGUUGUGCAACCCCUGGUUCCGACACCAAGUCCAAAGACGCCAAACCAAAGACCAAAAACAACCCUUUUUACAGCGAAGCCUACACUACAACAACUGGCUUCAAGCUCUCCGUUUUAAAAGAUCCAACAGGACAUGACAUAACCCUCAUGUACGAUCUUGGCCGCGAGGUUGGUCGUGGAGAGUUCGGUAUCACCUACCUCUGCACUGACGUCAACACCGGCGACAAGUAUGCGUGCAAGUCUAUAUCCAAGAAGAAGCUUAGAACGGCUGUGGAUAUAGAGGAUGUUAGGAGAGAGGUUGAGAUAAUGAAGCAUAUGCCUAAGCAUCCAAAUAUAGUCUCGCUUAAGGAUGCCUUCGAGGAUGAUGACGCGGUGCAUAUAGUGAUGGAGUUGUGUGAAGGUGGUGAGCUGUUUGAUCGGAUUGUUGCGAGAGGUCAUUAUACUGAACGUGCUGCUGCUGCUGUUAUGAAGACUAUUCUUGAAGUUGUUCAGGUAUGUCAUAAGAAUGGAGUGAUGCAUAGGGAUCUUAAGCCGGAGAACUUUCUAUUUGCUAAUAAAAAAGAGACGUCGCCACUUAAAGCUAUUGAUUUUGGAUUGUCAGUCUUCUUUAGACCUGGUGAGGGGUUUAAUGAAAUUGUUGGGAGUCCUUAUUACAUGGCACCAGAAGUGCUUAGGCGAAACUAUGGACCUGAGGUUGAUAUCUGGAGUGCUGGAGUCAUCCUUUAUAUUCUCCUCUGUGGUGUCCCUCCCUUUUGGGCAGAGACUGAGCAAGGGGUGGCUCAGGCGAUCAUUAGGUCAGUCAUUGACUUCAAGAGGGAUCCAUGGCCAAGAGUCUCUGACACUGCUAAAGAUCUUGUGAGGAAGAUGCUCGAACCUGACCCCAAAAAACGCCUUUCUGCUGCAGAAGUACUCGGUAUGUGUUUGCUAUUUACCUCUGCGCUUCCAAAAUCUAUUGCCUAUGGACUUCUAUUUGCAGAACAUCCUUGGAUACAAAAUGCAAAGAAGGCUCCAAAUGUUUCCCUCGGGGAGACUGUGAAAGCAAGGCUCAAACAGUUUUCUGUUAUGAAUAAGCUCAAGAAACGAGCUCUACGGGUGAUAGCCGAACAUUUAUCAGUAGAGGAAGUAGCUGGAAUAAAGGAAGCGUUUGAGAUGAUGGACAGUAACAAAACGGGGAAGAUAAACCUCGAGCAGCUUAAACAUGGACUUCAUAAACUCGGACAGCAGCAGAUGGCUGAUGCUGAUCUACAGAUUUUGAUGGAAGCUGCUGAUGUAGAUGGGGACGGAACUUUAAAUUAUGGAGAGUUUGUGGCUGUCUCUGUGCAUCUUAAGAAGAUGGCGAACGACGAGCAUUUGCACAAGGCUUUUAGCUUUUUCGACCAGAACCAGAGCGAUUACAUAGAGAUUGAGGAGCUGCGGCAGGCUUUAAAUGAUGAGGAGGAUACUAGCAGUGAGGAAGUUAUUGCAGCCAUCAUGCAAGAUGUUGACACCGACAAGGAUGGACGAAUAAGCUAUGAAGAGUUUGCAGCGAUGAUGAAAGCUGGGACAGACUGGAGGAAAGCAUCGAGACAGUAUUCCAGGGAAAGAUUCAACAGUUUGAGUCUCAAGUUGAUGAGAGACGGUUCAUUGCAGUUAGAAGGCGAGACCUGAGAAAGUCAUGGUCUUUUUAAAAGCAGUAAAGGUUAUGUUUCUGUAUCUCUUUAAAGAAAGUAAAAAAGAGAAAGCAGUAUUCUUUGCAAAAAAAGUUGUCGUUUUUUUUUUCUUUGGUUUCCACAAUAAUUUGUAGAUUCAGGGUUUUCAAAUGCUUUAGUUUAUGUUA